CAGAAUGACGUUUUGCGCACGUUUUGCGCAUGCCUGCUGAAAUCAGGUACCUUCGGAGCAGCCGAGGUAAAAAAGCAAUAAGAAACCACGGAACAAAUAACCAAAAAAAAGUAGUGAUCGAAACGGAUUUUUGAGAGUGAUGGCCCUGGGAAGAGUCAUGAGGAAGACGGAGGUGCUGUCCUGCCAGCACUGACCUUUCACCCCGGGCUCCACACAGCUUCAGCUCCCGCUCAUCUGCCCUUUUCCUUUCAGGGACUUGGAUGUAGUUUCAUUCCGGAAUAGGCCUACUGUUCCAUCCCCUUAAAUGGGAUUGAGAGAACCACUAAGCUUUCACUGGAGAACUACAUACAACAUUUUUGUUGUAUGUAGUCCUCCACUUACACAUAGUUGUCUCCAUAUUUGUCAUAGGUAUUAUAGUUAAGCAUCUCCAGAACAUUCACACAGUAAUUUUGUGUCACGCUUUCUACUGACCGCCACAGAACAUUCAGUUCAUAUAUGUUUAUUUUUCCUUUCCAUCAUUAAUAAGCCUUGGGUAACUUAGAUGAGGGAGGGGUUCAAAAAUGGGCAGACCCCUCCCCUUCCUGCUUGUUAAUGGUUGCCGCGGAGAGACGUUGGCACGGUGAUGGGGAGUGCUCCGGGGGCUGGGAGGGGGAGGGGGGUCGGGGGACUCCAGGGGUUGGGCUGCAUGCCAUGGAAACUCAGCAAGCAGAAGGGGCCAGGACUCCAGGGCGGAGGAGAGGCGGGGUCGGGAUCAAAUCCACGCCUCUCCCCGCCCCAGGCCCCGCCCAUCUACCACGAGAAGCAGCGGCGGGAGCUGUGCGCUCUGCACGCGCUCAAUAACGUCUUCCAGGACGGGGCGGCUUUCAGCAGGGACACGCUGCAGGACAUCUACCAGAGGCUCUCUCCCAGCACGCUGGUAACGCCCCACAAGAAGGGCAUGCUGGGAAACGGAAACUACGACGUCAACGUGAUCAUGGCCGCCCUGCAGACUCGAGGAUCGGAGGCGGUGUGGUGGGACAAGAGGAGGGAUGUGUCCAGCAUCGCCCUGCCCAAUGUGACCGGCUUCAUCCUGAACGUGCCCUCAAACAUGUGCUGGGGCCCCCUCCGCCUCCCCCUCAAACGGCAGCACUGGAUCGGGGUGCGGGAGGUGGCCGGGAUCUACUACAACCUGGACUCCAAACUGCGCUGCCCCCAGGCCAUCGGCUCCCCCGAGGAGCUCAGGAAGUUCUUACGACACCAGCUACGAGAAAAGAACUGUGAACUGCUACUGGUCGUUCCGGCCGAGGUUGAACUUCAGCAGACGUGGAGGUCUGACGCCUGUUGAGUGUUUUGGCCUGGUUUUCGGAGAGACCUUCAGCUUACCAGGUUUGGAGUGUAAAAUCGUGGAACAGGUGGGGGUGACGCAAAACAGCCGAGGAGCCACUUUUCUUUUGUUUACCCUCUUCUGACAGCUGAGACUGAAGAACUGGACACUCACAGAUGCUCAGUCCCAACGCAUAUUUAUGGACAUCAGCUUUGGUGUUUCAGGUCAUAGCACUUUAAAAUAUAUAUAUAUAUAUAUAUAUAUAUAUAUAUAUAUAUUCUAUAUUUUUCAAUGUUACUUUUCAGUACUUUUUUUGGGGAGCGGUCAGUGCUUCUGUGUUCAUGCUUGUCCCAUUUCUUAAAACUCAAGUUUCAUCACUCCAUCAUUUUCACCCUGACAUUUACACGCACCUCCAUUUUGUUGCUUCUACACUUUAUUUUCUCUCUUUCAGCUCUGAUCACAAAGGUUAAGAUCUGCCUCUCGCCUCAGAUUCAUUAAGCCUCCUGUCUUUAAUAAGCUGAACGGCACAAUACAAACUCGUAUUAGCCAUCUGUUCGCUUUUCAACCGGCUCAGUCAAGGUUGCGGGGGGGUGCUGAAGCCAGUCCAUGGCAGUACAUUACGGUCGCACUGCAGUCAUUGAGUAUCAUACAGUAUCUUAAUGAAUUGCUAUUUUGCGUCUAAGUUCACUUUUGUCCACAGUAGAGGCUUAUUCCUCAUGUUGGUUACACAGGCCUACUGCUGUCUGCGUUCGUGCUUUGGUUUACAGUCGUACCUGUGUGCAGUCCAGAGGUCGGGUGGUCACCUCUGGACAGUGAUGGUACAUGAGCAGAUGUCUUGAGUGAAGAUGAUGGGGAUUAGACAUUUUGUAUUGAGGAUGUUGACAUGUUGCUCACAAGCUGGAGCUGCCUUGGAACUGAAAAUGGAAGUAAGAAAAAAAAUGUAUAUACAGUAUAUAUUAUUAUAAGGCAUAAUAUUGCAUUAAAAUCGUAUUUUCUCAAAA